AUGGACCGGGUUCGGGUUAGACGAGUCAAUCGAUCCGGCCGAAUCUUGCCAUGGCGUCUCUGCCGCCACGAGAACUCAGCCAAUCAAGCCAUAGUUAUCUAUGGUUUGCUCAUUAGAAUAUAUGGAAGACUUAGUCUUUAUGAGGAUGCUGAGAGAGCAUUUGAAGAAGUUAAGCAGCUAGGCCUGCUUAGUGAUGAGAAAACAUAUUUAUCUAUGGCACAAGUUUAUUUGAACUCAAGAAAUGUUGAUAAAGCACUAGAGAUUAUUGAACUAAUGAAGUUUAGAAACAUUAGGUUCUCAAGAUUUGGUUAUAUUGUUUCAUUACAGUGUUACGUGAUGAAAAGAGAUACGGGGUCUGCUGAGUAUGCAUUUCAGGUUUUAUCAAAGACUGGGCUUCCUGAUACUGUUUCUUGUAGUGACAUGCUCAAUUUAUAUCUUGAACUGGGCUUAAUAGAAAAGGCAAAGGAGUUUAUUACUCAGGUAAAGAAGGAUGGGAUAGAAUUUGAUGAUGAGCUUUACAAAACAGUUAUUAGAGUAUACUGCAAGGAGGGAAUGCUAAGGGAUGCUGAGCAGUUGAUAGAAGAGAUGGGCAGAAACCAAUCAUUUAAAAAUGAAAAAUUCAAUCAAACACUCAUGAAGUGUAUGCAUGGACAAUAUAUUGGACAAAAGAAAUUCGAAGGUCCCGCUAAGACCCUUGACCAACCCGAUACUGAGGCCCUUGGCUUGAUGCUCAAUCUUUGUUUGGCAUACUGCAAUUUGGAUAAGGCAGAAGAAAUAUUGAAACUUUUGCUCAAGACUGCUAGUGGUUUCUCGGCGGUUAGUCAACUCAUUAGCAGCUUCGAUAGGGAAGGUGAUAUAUCUAAAGCUAAAACUCUUAGAAGUAUGAUUAUGAAGAUGGCAUCCAUAUUAGAGGAUGAAACAAUUGCUUCAUUGAUUGGUUUCUACGGGAAGCAACAGAAGCUAAAACAUGCCAAAGAUCUCUUUAUGGCAGUGAGAGGUUCUUCAUCUGGCAAGAUUAUAUGUAAUGCAAUGAUUGAUGCAUAUGCAAAAUGUGGUAAACCUGAGGAGGCAUACAAGCUUUAUAAAGAAUCAACUGAGAAAGGCCAUGUUCUCGGUGCUGUUUCCAUCAGCAUCGUCGUGAAUUCUUUGACUAACAGUGGAAAACAUCAAGAAGCUGAGGAUAUUAUCAUAGAGAGUUUCAAGAGGAGCUUUGAGCUUGAUACCGUGGCAUAUAAUACCUUUAUCAAGGCAAUGCUAGAAGCAGGCAAAUUGCAUUCGGCAGGCAGCAUUUAUGAGCGAAUGCUUUCUUCCGGAGUUUCUUCAUCAAUUCAAACAAUUAACUUAAUGAUCAGUGUUUAUGGACGAGGGCGAAAUCUGGAGAAGGCUGUGGAGAUGUUAAACACUGCUUGCAGUUUAGGCUUGUCUCUGGAUGAGAAGGCAUACAUGAAUAUGAUAACCUUCUACGGGAAGGCUGGUAAGAGGCACGAAGCAUCCCUUUUAUUCUCUCAAAUGCAGGAAGAAGGAAUAAAACCUGGGGUGGUUAGCUACAAUAUUAUGAUGAAGGUAUAUGCUAGGGCAGGACUCUUUAGUGAAGUUGAGAAACUUUUCCAAGCCAUGCUCAUAGAUGGUUGCUCCCCCAAUUCCGUAACUUACCUUUACCAUGUUCAAGCUUAUGCACUGAGUUUGAAAUAUGAAGAAGCGGAGAAAACCAUAAUUUCCAUGCAGAAAAAGGGCAUUCCUGUUUACUGUGCUCAUUUCAACAUUUUGCUCUCUGCUUUUGCAGAAGCAGGAAUGAUGGCAGAAGCAGAAAGGGUUUAUAACAAACUGUUGAGAGAUGCUUUAAGUCCUGACCUUGCAUGUAUUCGUAGCAUGCUGAGAGGUUACAUGAAUUGUGGAUGUAUUGAAGACGGAAUCUCCUUUUAUGAGCAGAUAAAGGAAUUUGCUGAACUGGAUAGGUUUAUAAUGAGUGUAGCUGUGCACUUUUAUAGGACUGUAGGAAAAGAGCCUGAGGCUGCAGGUCUUUUAAAAUUCAUGAAUUCUUCAGGGAUCCAAUUUUUGAAGAACCUUGAGAUUGGACCUAAGGUAAAAGCCUCCUAGUCUAAAUAAAACUAGUUAACUUGGUUAUUUCAUCACCUGGAAAGAAUAGCAGGUUGCCAAGACAUUAAAUAUGGUUUAUUACUAUAGAAGCCUGAGAUGCAAACUGCCUCGCAGUUGGGGCCAUUGCAGUCAUAGCCAUCCAAGUUGCAUAAAAGCAGCUCUGUGGUCUGAAGAUUCAGACGAAUUGAAGGAAUGACAUGAAAGAGAAUUAAGGAAUGCUCCUUCAGUGGUCGAGGAAAAAACUGUUUAGCAUAUGAUAACUCCAGAAAGUGGCAUGAGAUAUUUGAGGCUUGGAGCAUUUAGCAAUUGAGAUUUUCUUGUCACAUGAAGUGAACUUGGUGUCAUCUGCAACUGUCGGAUGGGUUAGGGAAAUAUUGUAGUAGAUUUUAACUGGAGCCUUAUUUGCUUUGGACUAAUGCAAACUACUCUUUGGACAAACUUGUGGUUUGGGCUACUUCAGGUUCUUGGGAGCUAAAGGUGCAGAAGUCAAGUAGGGGAAUGUAAAUGGUGGAAAUGAUUUUGGUGGAGUGGAGGAGAACCGUUCUGUUUAAGUUGUAAUGCGAGCUCCAUAUUAUCCAAGUUUAUGCGAAUACACAAUAACAUAACUUGUUUUAUUUA